AUCCGAAGAAAAGCAGACGAGAUGCCAACUCCGGAGUACAAGUACCGGUACCUCGUACGAUACUCGUACUCGUGCUCGUACUCCUGCACAGCGUUAUUAAAAUUAUUUGAGCACAAUCAAGAAGGUACGGUAGAAGACAAUGGUGCCCACCAACACUAGCAUGCGGUUUCUGGCAUUCUCUGCUCUGCUCGUUGCCGCCGAUAAUGCGAAGCUGACCGCUUUCGCGUCGUCCGUCGAACCGGCAACCGGUGGGUCUCCACCGGAGCCGGGAUCGAUGAUCGACUUCGAGGCCUGGGAARCGCUGCACCGCGGCAUCGGCAGCGACCGCGGGUACGGCUCCGAAUCCGAGCGAUCGCUCCGCAAGAACAUUUUCCAGGAAAACAUAGCUGUGGUGCAAAGGCACAACGAUGCCUUCGAUGCGGGCCACACGUCCUGGAAAAUGACCAUGAACUCGCCCUUUGCGGAUCUCACCGCGGACGAGUUCUCCUCGCUGUACCUGAUGGACGCCCAGGAGUGCUCGGCAACGACUCCACCCGCGACCAAGGCCAAGCUUGUCGCCGAUACCCUGAGGUCCGACGACAAAGCCCUCCGCGUCGACUGGAGGACCCAGGGAAUCAUGACGCCCGUCAAGGACCAGGGCCAGUGUGGAAGCUGCUGGACCUUUUCGACGUCGGGGUGCCUGGAGGCCCACACGUGCCUCGCGUGGGGAAAGGACUGCACCCAGUGGGAUGGAUUUGCCGAACAACAGCUCAUCGAUUGCGCCGGUGACUUUAACAACUUUGGAUGCAACGGAGGCCUCCCCAGCCAAGCCUACGAGUACCUCAAAUACAACGGUGGGAUGGACUACGAGGAGACAUAUCCGUACAAAGCCAAGGACGGCGCCGAGUGCCUGGCCAAGGACGGAAAGGCCGGGGGAUUCGUGUCGGAGGUCUACAACAUCACCAGCGGCGACGAGGACGACCUGGUCACGGCGAUUGCGCAGGUCGGUCCGGUGUCGAUCGCCUACCAGGUGUCCCCGGACUUUCGGUUCUACCAGCACGGCGUGUACGAUAGCUACAACGCCACGACCCAAUCGACCAUGUGCAACAACACGAACAUGGACGUCAACCAUGCCGUGGUGGCGGUGGGCCUCGGAACCACGGCCGACGGCAGGCACAACCACAACGACGACGGCGGCACUCCCUACUACAUCGUGAGAAACAGCUGGGGUACCUCCUGGGGCAUGGAGGGUCACUUUUGGAUGAAGCGCGGCGAGAAUCUCUGCGGGGUGAGCGACUGUGCUUCCUUCCCGAUUGUUCCCAGCAAGGAGGAGAUGACACAGAUCUGGAAGGAGCAGAAGAAGCAAUACUUCAAGGACAAAUUGGCAAAGGAGGAAUCAAAAGAAGAAGACAGCUUGCGAUACUUGCGAAAAAACUAGGGUGAUUCGCACACACCUGCCUUUCGAAUCGGUUGUCAUGGAAGUGCGAGACUCCAUGAAGAGAUUCGUCGACUUGAGCUUUGUCUAAGAACAAUAGGUUGCAGCUUCCACGUGAUUUCCGACAAUCCAUGGACUAUAAUUCCCUAGAAAGCAGGCUUCCAGGAGCAGAACAAAUGCAUCUUAGUGCGGGUCUGUUUUGAAAUGUUGAUAGCUAGCAUGAUAAAGUCUAAAUAAUGUU